AGCCAAAGACCCAGCGGUGGGGAGCAAUCAAUGGGCUUACUGGCUACAGGCUUAGCACACAACCUGACCUAGAAGGAGCAUCAAGGAGGGAGGGUCAGCCCUGGGAUCAGGAGACCCCAAGGCAUAAGUCAGGAUGUGUGGGUACCUGUUUUGUCUCAAAGACACAACAGAGCUUCAGGCACUCACCAUCCCAAUUUUUAUCUCCCAGGAGGAGACAGAAUUCAGGCCCAAGCAGCAGGUUGGCCCUGGAGAGCUAGGGCGAAUAGCAAAGCUGUGAGGUCUCAUCUUCUAGACUUGAGCCCCCAGGUUCCGGCGCCAGAAGGCAGAGAGCGAAUUCAGGACUCUAAAAUACUCAGGAGACUGAGGCUGGAAACUCCCGAGAGUUCGAUUCCGCCCUGGGCUAUAUAGCUCCAGGACAACCUGGAUUGAGUGCCCUCUACCCCCAACUAAGAGAUAACACAUAGCAAGGCAAGCUAAGAUCCCAGGUUGCGUCUCUAAUUGGUCAGCUAUUGUCACGUGACCGGCCCGCCCUCUUUGCCGACAUGGCGGCUCCCAGGCCCUAAUGCGAGAGGCGUGCACUGCGACUCCUUGGAUCCUGUGAGCCGAAGGCAGAAGCUUGUCCGGCCUCUGUAGAGCUCAGUUCAUGGAACGGAAGGCCCAGGAGCCUCCCUCACCACCAACGAUGGAGAACGGCACACGGUCCUGUGAAGAGCGCCCACCCGCGGCCCCGGUCGCGACUGUCACCGAGGGCGCCGCCAGAAUCUCCUUCCCCAGUGCCAACGAGGUUUUCUACAACCCGGUGCAGGAGUUCAACCGGGACCUAACGUGUGCUGUGAUCACAGAAUUUGCUCGAAUUCAUCUUGGGGCCAAGGGAAUCCAGAUCAAGGUCCCAGGAGAGAAGGACUUGCAGAAAAUAGCUGUGGACUUGUCUGAUCAAGAGGAGGAAACAGCUGGACAGAAUGAAAACCUGGCCCCAGGAGACCAGCCUCGGACAGCUGCAGUGGGUGAGAUCUGUCAGGAAGGUCUACGAGUGCUGGAAGGCCUGGCAGCUUCCGGUCUGCGCUCUAUCCGAUUUGCCCUAGAGGUUCCUGGCCUCCAGUCUGUGGUUGCCAAUGAUGCCUCUGCCCGGGCCGUAGAGCUUAUGCACAGAAAUGUGGAGCUCAAUGGUGUGGCACAUCUUGUACAGCCCAACCAGGCAGAUGCCCGGAUGCUGAUGUACCAACACCAAAAGGCAUCUGAGCGUUUUGAUGUCAUUGACCUGGACCCUUAUGGCAGCCCUGCCCCCUUCCUGGAUGCAGCUGUGCAGGCUGUGAGUGAUGGAGGACUUCUGUGUGUUACCUGCACGGACAUGGCGGUAUUGGCAGGCAACAGCGGAGAGACGUGCUACAGCAAGUAUGGGGCCAUGGCCCUCAAGAGCCGAGCGUGCCAUGAAAUGGCCCUGAGAAUCGUGCUGCACAGCCUGGACCUGCAUGCCAACUGCUACCAGCGGUACAUCGUGCCACUGCUCAGUAUCAGUGCUGACUUCUACGUCCGGGUCUUUGUCCGCGUCUUCACAGGCCAGGCCAAGGUGAAGUCCUCAGCCAGCAAGCAGGCCCUGGUGUUCCAGUGUGUGGGUUGUGGAGCCUUUUACCUGCAACGCCUUGGCAAAGCAUCUGGAGACCCUGGUGGCAGGGUCAAGUUCUCUGCAGCCUGUGGUCCUCCAGUGUCCCCUGAGUGUGAGCACUGUGGACAGAGACACCAGCUGGGGGGCCCCAUGUGGGCAGAGCCCAUCCACGACCUGGACUUCGUGGGCCAAGUUCUUGAGGCAGUGACCACUAAUCCUGGCCGCUUCCACACUUCCACAAGGAUCCAAGGUGUCCUUAGUGUGGUUACUGAGGAACUUCCGGAUGUCCCUCUCUACUACACACUGGACCAACUGAGCAGCACUGUCCACUGCAACACACCCCGCCUGCUGCAGCUUCGGUCAGCUCUCCUUCAUGCUGGUUUCCGAGUCUCUCUCUCUCAUGCCUGUAAGAACGCAGUGAAGACAGAUGCUUCCCCUGAAGCACUCUGGGACAUCAUGCGUUGUUGGGAGAAGGAGUGUCCAGUGAAACGGGAGCGGCUAUCUGAAAGCAGUCCAGCAUUCCGAAUUCUUGCUGUGGAGCCCAGGCUGAAGGCCAACUUCAACAUCCGGGAAGAUGCCAACCCCAGCUCCCGCCAGCGAGGACUUAAGCGCUUCCAGGCCAAUCCAGAAGCCAACUGGGGUCCCCGGCCCCGUGCCCGGCCAGGGGGCAAGGCAGCGAGUGAAGGUCUGGCAGAGAGGCGGAGGCUGCUGCAGAAUAAGCGGAAGGAGCCAGCUGAGGACCCAGCCCAGCGCGCCGCUCGCCUCAAGACAUUCCCCUGCAAACGAUUCAAAGAGGGUACCUGUCAACUAGGAGACCAGUGCUGCUAUUCACACAGCCCUGCAGCUCCUGUGGCCUCUGGUGAUAUCCCCAUCACAGACUGUCCAGAGACUACCACCAAGCUCUCCCCUGAACCAGAGGCUGCUCAUGGGAGCAUUCCUGGGCCAGGUGUAGACUGAGACAAUAAAGAGCUAUAACCUGCUGGUUGUCAUUUGA